ACAUGUCGGUGCGGAGAGAACCGAGCGGAGGAACCGAGAAGAGCUCACCUGAGACAUAAGCAGCACAAGUUUGGACAAACGGUGGCAUUUUAUGCGACUUUAGAGCAGCAGCUGCGGUUCACUGUUUCACCGAAGCGGGCCGGUCGGGAGCGAAUGGACGGAUAAAACCAGACAGCCGGGGCUUGGAUCCGAAGACGCAGCCUCGCAAAGCAGGUGGCCGGGGCCGGUAACGGGGAGACGGAGAGGAGGGCAGCGUGUGCGGGCUCAGAUCAAGACGGGUCUCGCCUUGCUAGGGGAUGUUAUCCGUACUGUCUUAUGGCAGACUGGUAGCCAGGGCUGUCCUGGGCGGACUCUCUCAGACAGACGGUCGGGACUACAGCCUGAUCAGCGCCAGCUAUGGCUUCGGUAAAGACUUUCGCAAGGGGAUCCUGAAGAAAGGGAUGUGUUACGGGGAUGAUGCCUGCUUCAUAGCGCGGCACAGGACCGCCGAUGUGUUGGGUGUUGCAGACGGCGUAGGCGGUUGGCGGGACUACGGCGUCGACCCGUCUCAGUUCUCUGCCACCUUGAUGAGGACUUGUGAGCGACUGGUGAAGGAGGGACGCUUCACUCCCAGUAAUCCCGUGGGCAUCCUGACCUCUGGCUACUACGAGCUCUUACAGAACAAAGUUCCCCUGCUAGGGAGCAGCACGGCCUGCAUCGUGGUUCUGGAUCGAAGGAGUCACCGGCUACACACAUGUAAUCUUGGUGACUCAGGCUUCCUGGUGGUGCGGGGAGGAGAGGUGGUUCAUCGCUCAGACGAGCAGCAGCACUAUUUUAACACGCCGUUCCAGCUAUCCAUCGCUCCUCCGGGAGCCGAGGGGGUGGUGCUCAGCGACAGUCCUGAAGCAGCUGACAGCUCCUCUUUUGACGUGCAGCUCGGUGACAUCAUCUUAACGGCGACAGAUGGUCUUUUUGACAACAUGCCAGACUACAUGAUUCUUCAGGAGCUGAAAAAACUCAAGACUACCAACUAUGACAGCAUCCUGCAGACUGCACAAAGCAUUGCGAAGCAGGCUCACGAUCUUGCCUACGACCCCAACUAUAUGUCCCCUUUUGCACAGUUUGCCUGUGACAACGGCCUGAAUGUAAGAGGAGGGAAGCCAGAUGAUAUCACGGUGCUGCUGUCCAUUGUGGCUGAAUAUACAGACUAAAAGUGUGUAUGUGUGUGACUGUGCUUCUCUGAGGCUGAUCCCUCCUUUGCCGUCUGCCUGAGUCUUCCACCUGCAGCCCUCCCAUAAUGCACUGCGUCCUGUGGGCUGACAGGGGAGGCCCACCAACACGACACACAACCCGUCACCGUGCGGCUGACAUCCACCUGUGUAACAUUUUUGUUUUUCUUCUGCUGUUUUCGUUUCGGUGCUUGAACUGCUGAGGGAACGGCAGGCAGCUAGGACAUUUUCAUGUUGAUCAUGAUGCAGGAGGAGAGCUGAGAACGGCGGGCUUAGCGGAUGCCUUCCAGUCUCCGGCGUCUCAUCGCGUGGCAUCAACACUUUGAACGCGAUGUGACUGAGAGACAGUCCGGGGCAGUUUGGAUGAAGCGAGGGCUUUAAAAUCUGGUAGCCGCCGUGUAGAAAAAAAUUAUAAUAAGGAGUAAGCCAUGGGUUUGGAUUCUUUAAAGAGUAGCGAUAGAGUCGACUAGUGAGCCCGGCUAUCCGGAGGGUUGGACUUUGAGAACCAGUUCCAAAUUGGCUCCAAAGUCACGACUCCAAAGGAAUCGUUGGGAAGUUUUAAUGUUUGAUUCUGCUCAUCGGUUCUUCAAUACUUCGUUCAUUACACCUACAUGGUGUGUGCGCUGAAUCCUCCUGAUGCGAUUGUCUUAAUGAAUCUUGAGUUAAGCUCGAUUGUCGGCAAACUCAGCUGUUGCUGAGCUGCUUGAUUAGCAGGCGUGUGGGGUUCUCUUAAUCAAUCACCUUAAUUUAGCAAACGCCAAGGUACACAUCACUUUAAAAGGACGGAACUGGUUGAAACAAACAUGAAUUUAUGAAAAUAUAUACACCACUGUUACGAUAUCUACCUGUGUGAUUCUCCAGGUACUGCUUAGUCUGUCCUCAGCACCUCAGUGCAUAUGUUCUCACACAAGAAUAACACAAGAGGACGUUCUUCCUCAACACAACACAGUAGCUGUGAUGCUUACGGAGAUGUUUAACAGCAAACUAAAGGUACUUUAUGACCCAGAGUUGGCCUGUGGUUUAGGAAGUUCUCGGGUACUAAAAGGACUAAUUACACGUUGUAAAAGUCCAGCUUUGAAAGUGGCGUUAAAGGUAAAAGUAGUCAAUACAGAUAAAUGCCUCAUGUGACUGUAUAUUAGAUCGUUAUGACUCAAACAUUAAUGUAAAAGCAGGAUUUGAGAAUCGAGACUCUGCGAGAACCGGAAUCGAUCAGCAGAAUCCUUAAAACACCCAACCGUAGCCGUCUUAUCUCCGUUGAUAACCUGUUCCAUGUUGUAAAUGCGUCUGAACAAAGCGUAAACCGAGGAAGCCGGUGUUGGGAGUGACGGGUGCUGUCGGAUGAUGAAGAGUCGGGUUUUGGUGUCUCGGGGGUUCGGGAAGGUGAACGAUGAAAGCUACGCUCAGAACAAAGAAAUUAAAGCGGAACACUCGUCGAAGCUUUCGUGUGAAGGUUGAUCAGGUGUCGUCACGUGGCCGAGGGAAAUGCACAUCCUGAUGAGUUGUAAAUAUUUUUGUGUUUUUAGGGCUACGCUCUGGCCUUUCUGUUGUCUUCGAUUCGGCUGUUGAAGCAAAGAGCUGUUUCGUUACUAUUGUGGAGGAUAAAACACAUGCAUUCAUAAAUAUAUUUUUCCUGUAUAGAUAUUAAUCUUGAAGUGAGCUUCGUCGGUCCCACACUUCCACUUGCUGAAACGAACAAGGAGACGUUUGCUGAGGUUGGGAGGAUGCAAAACAGUGUGUAUGCGAGAAGCUGUUGUGUUAUGGGAACGUGUGUUAUAUUUAAUGUUUUGUCGUCUCAGAAAGCUAAAGCUAGCGUCUGGGAAUGCUUACAGUUGCAAUGAUAGGUCAGGAAUGAAUUUAAAGGAGAAAAAAAGAUGUAUUUUUUUAACAUUAUUUUUGUUUUAAAGGUAACAGCUUGAUGUGUGAUGGACGACUAAGAGAUCUAGCUAUCUUAAAGAAUCAAUGUGAGCGUGUUUCGAAUUUGUUUUUAUCUCUCGGUUCCCUUUUACAUUUGUUUGCUGCUUCUCUUUUUUUUUUUUGUAAUUCAGAUGUCUGUAUAUUUACGGUCACCAUGAUUGUGAUGAGUGUGUGUGUGUGUGUGUGUGUGUGUGAGUUGAUGGAUUUCGCCAAAUUACAUUAAUCAAAGACACUGAUGAUACUGUUCUGUCCCUUUUUGUCUUUGUCUGGUUCGGACAAAGUCUUUACAGUUUAAAAGCAAAUGCACCAAAGACACAUUUUCUUUGUGUACGUUAUCACGCUCUCCUCGUCAUACAGCAAUACUGUAAGUUCCUCGUGCUCAGAAUGGCGCGCGAAGCAUCCGUGGAGUGACAUUAAAAUGUAUUUUCUAAUGCUUGUUUGAGAACAAAAGUUGUAUCAUACUCCUGGUUUAAGUUAUAUGUGACUGGUUAUGUGUACGUUUGUGGGAGACAGGUUUAAAAAUAAAAACACAAAAGAAGGAAAGCCAUAUAUGAAUACGUGAUCGGGGGGAGGCUGCUGCUCUGUGAGCUGCUGUGAAGUUAACGUGUUGGUGGAGACCAAUGUUGUCACUGUGUUGCUGCCGUAGUUGAAUCCGCUGGUCCUCCGUGUGUGUGUUUCGUGUAAGAGAGCAAACUGCAUGCGAUGGAGGCAGCAGUGCAACAAAAAUGACCACAUUUUACAUCAAUUCAAACCGACCGGAGACGAUUAUGUGACGAUAAUCUGUCGGUUCCUUUUUUUGCAUGUUUUCUGUCUCGGCUACUGGCACCACUUUACAAAGUUAAUUUCCCACGGUUGUAGUGUGUCGUCGUGUUUAGAAUGGUUUGUGUACGUUCUUCAAAGAUAGCUCUAUAUUUGACAUGGUGUGCUGAUGAGGGAGGCGUGAACUUCCAGUGCGAGGUCGAGCACAGAUUCAGCCUUAACUAAUAGCUAGACCUGUAAUCAAGAGGCCUUUCCUGUCAUUGCAAGCUUGUCUCGUCUCCGUCGUGAUGCGCGGUGUUUGAUGUAAAUGAAGUGUGCCCCCCUACUCUCCCCACUCCCCACCUCCUCGUCUUUCUUCCCCCCGUAAAGCCGUUUUCAAAGGUGCUUCUGCGGUCUGAUGGUAUGAUUGUUCUCUUUCCAGCAAGUGUAUGAGAGAUACACCUGUCUACAGUGUAACAAUGCAGGUCUAAUUUAUGUAAAUAUGUUUUAAAAUAUGUACAAUAUUUAAAUAAAGAAUCUAGUAUUUAUACUAAA